UUACCACUUGGGCUGGAUGCACAACAAAAGGAAAAUUUCUAAGAACUUUCUUUCUCCGUCGUCUUUCCCUCCGGGUCCCCAACCUCCGCUGACUACUCCUCAAUCCUCAUACGGCUUGAUAUUUUCUUUUCCUUAAUCUAUAAUCCUAUACUUCCAUACGCAAAAGCUCAUCGUUUCGAAUUUCCGAUUCAGAUUUGAGCAAAACAGCGUAAGAUCAUCGACAAAGCGCAAACAUCAUCAUCAGCAGCGCACGAAAGAGAGGCAGAGAUCAAACGAUGCAGCGAAUUUUCGGUGCUAAGAAGUCCAAAGAGCCUCCUCCUUCAGUUCAAGAUGCUUCUGAUCGGAUCAACCAAAGAGGAGAAAAUGUUGAUGAGAAGAUUAAAAAGCUUGAUGCCGAACUAGCUAGAUAUAAAGAGCAAAUUAAAAAGACACGGCCUGGUCCUGCUCAGGAGGCUGUUAAGGCUCGAGCGAUGAGGGUCCUCAAACAAAAAAGGAUGUAUGAAGGGCAGCGUGAUAUGCUCUAUAACCAAACAUUCAAUCUUGACCAAGUUUCAUUUGCUGCAGAGGGUAUCAAGGAUGCUCAGCAAACUAUGUCGGCGAUGAAAGCUGCAAAUAAGGACUUAAAAGGAAUGAUGAAAACAGUAAAAAUUCAAGAAAUAGAUAAUAUGCAAGAUGAAAUGAUGGACUUGAUGGAUAUGAGUAAUGAGAUUCAAGAGUCCCUUGGAAGAAGCUAUAAUGUGCCUGAUGACAUUGAUGAGGAUGACCUGAUGGGUGAGCUCGAUGCUCUGGAAUUAGACAUGGAAUCAGAGAGUCAGGGUGUUCCUUCAUAUCUUCAGUCUGAACCUGAUGUGGAGGAAGAGCUCAACUUGCCACCAGCACCUACUAGGCCUACAGCAGUGCCACCAGGAAGAGCCAAUGUUCAGUCGGAGGAUGAUCUGGGCUUGCCUGCUGUACCCCGUGCAUCCCUUCGUAGUUGAGGGAUGUAGCUAGUUUGAAGUGGCUUGUCGAUUUACUGAGCUGGCUUGAUUCAGUCUUCAUAACUCAUUGUGCAGGAUAUUAUUAAUUUAAAAAUUCUGUUGCGCUCUAAUUUUUCUGGGGUCUUUGUCUUUUGGGAGGACUGUUGGGGGAUGGGGGUGUUGAAAUGUAUGGAGAUGUAUUUUACGGUUUGGUUGGUAAUAAGUUGUACCAGUCUACAAUUUCACACUUGAAAAGGAAUAUAUAGAGAAUGAAAAUUAUUCUUGAUGUAA